GGGGGCCAGACAGGCAGGCCUCUGUAGGCCAAGGUCAGGGGUUGAGCUUGUAUUCCCUUGUGUGGGAUCUUCCAGGUCCACCGUCUGUGAAAGAGAGGACACUCUUUCCAGGAUCCGCCCUCCGGCUGGACACUGACGCAACGGGAAGGGCACGAGAACAGGAAGCGAAGGCGACCGACGGCGGCAGGUCGCUCUGCAAGCGGCAGCAAGGCCAACGACGCGGCCAACUCCACCAGAGGGCGUGCGGCCCCCUUCCACGCGACCUUCGAGCGCGCCCGCCACAAAGCUAACCUUCCAGAGUCCCCCCGCGCUGUCCCAGGGCUCGCCUGCACCCGGGCGGACGCCCCAGUGGCCAGGGCUAGAAGCGAAGGGGCAGGGAGUCGGUCCCCAGGGUCGGUCCUGUUUCUGUCACGCCGUUCUUGGUACCUCGCCCCGCCUCCCUCGGACCUUCAAGGGUGCAGCCUUGGUCAUCCAACCUAGAGUUUGUCCCCGAGGUCAGGGGCGGGAGAUGAAUUCGGGACAGGUCAGCAGCUCGAGCUUGCCCAGAGCAGGAGAGAGGUGGCUCCGGUGCCGCUGUUCCAGCAGGCGGCAUCUCCCGCGUCAGCCCUCGGGUCAGCCCUGCGCCACCCCCAGCUACUCACGGGUUAACCCCCCCACGCCGCCCGCUCGCUUCCCGGUGCCAAAGUGGGUGUUGCUGGAAUUCCUCUCUCCCUCUCCCAUAAUGAGGGGGCUGAGCUGUCCCUCCGAGGAGGGGGCAUGGUGUGGAUAAAGAGACGAAAAAACAGAGAGGUUUCCAAAAAUAAAACCCUCCAGUACCCCUUCGGAAGGCCACAGCGACGCGGAGAAGGCGCGAAGGUAUAGCCGCGGUGCGCGCCCAGCUGGAGACCAAGCGCGGACGCCAGGCGCAGGGCGCGCAGCCCCGGGCCCCUCCGCUGCCGAGCGCUCGCUCCGGGAAUAGCCGGGCCGGCAGUCGGACUCCGGGGAGCCCCUAGACCAGGAGAAUCAGCCGCCGGGAGGAGACCUGAGCGCAGCCCGCGGGCGGUCGGGCUCCCCGACUGCCCGGACUGUUCCCCACACGCACCGCUCCCCAGGCCCCGCGCCAUGAGGCAGCCGACCACCGCCCCCUGCCCGGGGCGCGCCCUGUGGAGCCCCUGGAGGAGCUUUCUGCCGCUCACUCUGGCUCUCGUCGUGGGCGUGGGUCAUGCUCAGAGGUACCCAGUGGGAAGAUACGAGCCAGCUGACAGGGACGCGAGUCGGCUGUGGCGCCCUGGGGGCAGCCAGCCCGUGGCGGCUGCAGCCAAGGUGUACAGUCUGUCGGAGCAGGACGCGCCCGUCGCGGGCUCUCCGCCCGCAGAGGUGGCCCAUCCCGGCUGGGGGAGCCCCAGGAGGUCCGCUGAGACGGAGGCCAGGAGGCCGCCCCGAGCUCAGCAGCCUCGGCGAGUCCGGCCACCUGCGCAGACCUGGAGAAGCAGUCCCUUGGGCCAGCAGCAGUUCGCACCCCGGGCACCGGCCGCCCCGGCUCACCCGCGCUUCAGGACCCAGCAGCGGCCCGGGGCUGCGCCCCCAACCCCGCCGCGAAGACGGCUCACCGGGAGGAAUGUCUGCGGGGGGAAGUGCUGCCCAGGAUGGACCACGGCCAACAGCACCAGCCACUGCAUCAAACCCGUGUGCCAGCCGCCGUGCCAGAACAGGGGCUCCUGCAGCCGGCCCCAGCUCUGCGUGUGCCGUUCGGGCUUCCGCGGAGCCCGCUGUGAGGAGGUCAUCCCCGAGGAGGAAUUUGACCCCCAGAACUCCAGGCCAGCCCCCCGACGCUCAGCCGAGGGCUCCCCCAACUUGCGCAGGAGCAGCCCGACCCGAGAAGACACAGCGGCCAGACCACAGCCAGUGACACCACAGCCGCCACCGGCCAGGACCCUGAGUGAGCGCAGCCAGCCCCAGCCCGCCCAGCAGCAUGUGGGGCUGUCCCGGACCGUCCGACUUUACCCAGCCACCCCAGCCAAUGGCCAGCUGACUUCCAAUGCCCUGCCUGUGGGGCUAGGCCUUGAGCAGAGGGACAGUGCCCAGCAGGCAAUGUAUCUGGACCGCCCAUCAUCCCCCUGGGGGCUGAACCUCACGGAGAAAAUCAAGAAGAUCAAGAUCGUCUUCACUCCUACCAUCUGCAAGCAGACGUGUGCCCACGGGCGCUGUGCCAACAGCUGUGAGCGAGGCGACACCACCACCUUGUACAGCCAGGGCGGUCACGGGCAUGACCCCAAGUCUGGCUUCCGCAUCUAUUUCUGCCAGAUCCCCUGCCUGAAUGGAGGCCGCUGCAUCGGCAGGGACGAGUGCUGGUGCCCCACCAACUCCACCGGGAAGUUCUGUCACCUGCCUACUCCAAAGCUGGACAGGGAGCUCGCAGAGAGGGGCUCCCGCCACAGGGCUCCCCCCGAGGGCCCUUUGAGGCAGUCCACCUUCACAUUGCCGCUGUCCAACCAGCUGUCCUCUGUGAACCCCUCCUUGGUGAAUGUGCACAUCCACCACCCGCCCGAGGCCUCCGUGCAGGUCCACCAGGUGGCGCGGGUGCGGGGCGGGGCCGAGGAAGCGCCGGAGGAGAACAGCGUGGAGACCAGACCCUCACCCCGGCUCCCUGCCAGCCCCGGCCACAGCCACCAGGACCGCAACAGCAUCCCCGCUCGGUCCGGAGGGGCCCCUCAGCUGCUGGCCCCAGCGGCACCCAGGCCUCGGGGACUGCUGGGCCGGUGUUACCUGAGCGCUGUGAAUGGCCAGUGUGCCAACCCCCUGCUGGAGCUGACUGCCCAAGAGGACUGCUGUGGCAGUGUGGGGGCCUUUUGGGGGGUGACUUUGUGUGCCCCGUGCCCGCCCAGACCAGCCUCCCCAGUGAUUGAAAAUGGCCAGCUGGAGUGUCCCCAGGGGUACAAGAGACUAAACCUCACUCACUGCCAAGACAUCAACGAGUGCCUGACCCUGGGCCUGUGCGCGGACUCGGAGUGCGUGAACACCAGGGGCAGCUACCUGUGCACCUGCAGGCCCGGCCUCAUGCUGGACCCCUCGAGGAGCCGCUGUGUGUCGGACAAGGCCGUCUCCAUGCAGCAGGGCCUGUGCUACCGGGCCCUGGAGCUCGGCACCUGCACGCUGCCUCUGAGCCAGAGGAUCACCAAGCAGAUAUGCUGCUGCAGCCGAGUGGGCAAAGCAUGGGGCAGCGAGUGUGAGACAUGCCCCCCGCCUGGCACAGAGUCCUUCAGGGAGAUCUGCCCUGCCGGCCAUGGCUAUACCUACUCGAGCUCGGACAUCCGCCUGACCGUGAGGAAAGCUGAGCAGGAGGAGCUGGCCAGGCCCUCGAGGGAGCACAGGCCGAAGAGCCAGGGGACCCUGCCCAGGCCAGCGGAGAGGCAGCCGCUCCGGGCGGUCACCAGCACCUGGCAGGAGGCAGAGGCCAUCCCCGACAAGGGUGACUCUCAGGCUGGCCAGGUCACAGCCGGUGUUGCCCAAGUACCUGCCGGGGUCCCAGGACAUGCCACAGGAAGACCAAUGCCACCACUGCCUGGACCGGGGAUUCGGGCCCGGGAAGAAGAGCCAGUGACCACCCCAGCCAACGUGCUGGUGACCCCGGGCCCCCCAGAUAUCAACAGAUGUGCCACCAACAUCUGUGGCCCCGGAACCUGUGUGAACCUCCCAGAUGGGUACAGAUGCCUGUGCAGCCCCGGCUACCGGCUGCACCCCAGCCAGGCCUACUGCACAGAUGACAAUGAGUGUCUGAGGGACCCCUGCCUGGGAAAAGGGCGCUGUGUCAACCACGUGGGCUCCUACUCCUGCCUCUGCUACCCUGGCUACGCACCGGCCACCUCAGGGACCACGCAGGGAUGCCAAGACAUAGAUGAGUGCGAGCAGCCAGGGGCGUGCCGUGGGGGGCGCUGCACCAACACAGAGGGCUCCUACCACUGCGAGUGUGACCAGGGCUACAUCAUGGUCAGGAAGGGACACUGCCAAGAUAUCGACGAAUGCCGUCACCCUGGCACCUGCCCUGAUGGGAAAUGCGUCAACUCCCCCGGCUCCUACACUUGCCUGGCCUGCGAGGAGGGCUACAGGGGCCAGAGCGGGAGCUGUGUAGAUGUGAAUGAGUGUCUGACCCCCGGGGUCUGCUCCCAUGGAAGGUGCAGCAACCUGGAGGGCUCCUUCAGAUGCUCUUGUGAGCAGGGCUACGAGGUCACCUCGGAUGGGAAGAGCUGCCAAGAUGUCAACGAGUGUGCCAGCCGGGCCUCGUGCCCCACAGGCCUCUGCCUCAACACCGAGGGCUCCUUUGCCUGCUCGGCCUGCGAGAGCGGGUACUGGGUGAAUGAAGACGGCACUGCCUGCGAAGACCUAGACGAGUGCGCCUUUCCGGGAGUCUGCCCCUCAGGAGUCUGCACCAACACUGCCGGCUCCUUCUCCUGCAGGGCCUGUGACCAGGGCUACCGGCCUGGCCCCCAGGGCCGCACCUGUGAAGAUGUGGACGAGUGUGAAGACCUGCAGAGCAACUGCCUGGGAGGCGAGUGCAAGAACAUGCCUGGCUCCUACCAGUGCCUGUGUCCCCUGGGCUUCCGGCUGGCCAACGGCACUGUGUGUGAGGAUGUGGACGAGUGCAUGGGAGAGGAGUACUGCGCGCCCCAUGGCGAGUGCCUCAACAGCCACGGGUCCUUCUUCUGUCUCUGUGCACCCGGCUUUGUUAGCGGCGAGGGAGGUGCCAGCUGCCAGGAUGUGGACGAGUGUGCAGUCGCAGACUGGUGUCUGGGAGGGCACUGUGUCAACACCGAGGGCUCCUUCAGCUGUCUGUGUGAGACUGGCUUCCAGCCCUCCCCAGACAGCGGGGAGUGUGUGGAUAUCGACGAAUGCAAGAACUAUGGAGGAGACCCGGUGUGUGGGGCCUGGAGGUGUGAGAACAGCCCUGGCUCCUACCGCUGUGUCCAGGGCUGCCAGCCCGGCUUCCACAUGGCCCCGACCGGAGACUGCAUCGACAUAGACGAGUGUGCCAACGACACCGUGUGUGGGAGCCACGGCUUCUGCGACAACACCGAGGGCUCCUUCCGCUGCCUCUGUGACCAGGGCUUCGAGACCUCAUCCUCCGGCUGGGACUGCGUUGACGUGAAUGAGUGUGAGCUCAUGCUGGCCGUGUGUGGGGCGGCACUGUGCGAGAACGUGGAGGGCUCCUUCCUGUGCCUCUGUGCCAGCGACCUGGAAGAGUACGACGCUCAGGAGGGGCGCUGCCGCCCGCGGGCGGCUGGAGGCCAGAGUGUCCCCGAGGCCCGCUAAGACCACCUCUCGGGCCCCCUCCGGGCAGAAUGCUACGCUGGGCCCAGGGGCCAGCCGCCCUGCGCCAGCCUCCUGGGCCGGAACACCACGCAGGCCGAGUGCUGCUGCAGCCAGGGGGCCAGCUGGGGGGCCGCCUGUGAGCCCUGCCCGGCCCCGGACUCAGUCGAAUUCAGCGAGAUCUGCCCUAGUGGCAAAGGCUACAUCCCUGUGGAAGGAGCCUGGAUGUUUGGACAGACCACGUACACAGAUGCUGACGAGUGCGCCCUGUUCGGGCCUGGCCUCUGCCAGAACGGCCGCUGCCUCAACACGGUUCCUGGCUACAUCUGCCUGUGCAAUCCCGGCUACCACUACGAUGCCGCCGGCAGGAAGUGUGAGGAUCACGACGAGUGCCAGGACAUGGCCUGUGAGAACGGCGAGUGCGUGAACACGGAAGGCUCCUUCCACUGCUUCUGCAGCCCGCCCCUCACCCUGGACCUCAGCCGGCAGCGCUGCGUGAACAGUACCGGCGGCACGGAGGACCUGCCAGACCACGACAUCCACAUGGACAUCUGCUGGAAAAAAGUCACCAAUUACGUGUGCAGCCAACCCCUGCACGGGCACCGCACCACCUACACAGAGUGCUGCUGCCAGGACGGCGAGGCCUGGAGCCAGCAGUGUGCACUGUGCCCCCCCAGGAGCUCUGAGGUCUAUGCUCAGCUGUGCAACGUGGCCCGGAUCGAAGCAGAGCGGGAGGCCGGGGUCCACUUCCGGCCAGGCUACGAGUACGGCCCCGGGCCCGAGGACCUGCAGUACAGUCUCUAUGGCCCAGAUGGGGCCCCCUUCUACAACUACCUGGGCCCCGAGGACGCCGUCCCGGAGCCUGCCUUCCCCAACGCAGCCAGGCACCCAGGGGGCCGUACCCCAGGCCCUGAGUCUCCCCUGCCGCCUUCAGAACUCCAGCCCCACUACGUGGCCAGCCACCCAGGUCUGUGUUGCUGCAAAAAUGACGAGGCGGGCACCAAAGCCGCUUCACUUCCAUCUCCCCCACCUGCCAGUCCCUGUCAGCAGGAACACCAGGCCGGCUUCGAGGGACUUCAGGCGGAGGAGUGUGGGGUCCUGAACGGCUGUGAGAACGGACGCUGCGUGCGUGUGCGGGAGGGCUACACCUGCGACUGCUUUGAGGGCUUCCAGCUGGACAUGGCCCACAUGGCCUGCGUGGAUGUGAAUGAGUGUGAGGACUUGAACGGGCCUGCUGCACUCUGUGCCCACGGUCACUGUGAGAACACGGAGGGCUCCUACCGCUGCCGCUGCCCCCCAGGUUACGUGGCCGAGUCGGGGCCGCCCCGCUGCACUGCCAAGGAGUAGCAGUGAGGAGUCAGUGUGGGCAGCUACCUGGAAAUGGGCUCUGGAGGGGCCCUGGAGGACGCUUCUCUAGCUGGGAAGACACCACGAAGACAUCUGGCAGGAGGCCCUGCAGCCCCUCUCCCAGCCAGCCUUGCCUGCUUUUCAUCUGUCCCAGCCUAGGCUCUGGCUGUGAGCUUGUCACUGCCUCCAUGCUGCCAUGCCCUUGCUCGGCUCAAACACCACCAAACGCUUUAAUGCUUCAGCCGCUGGCCAUGAGGCCCAGUCCGCCAUCUGCCCUGGCCUCGCUGUGGGAUGCUUACCGAAGGAUGGCCCUCAUUCUCCCCUCCAGUCGUGCAAACACUCGAGGUCCUUCAGCCUUGCAUCGCAGGCACCCUUUUCUAGCCAUGACUCACACGUCACCCUGAUUCCAAAACCAGGGCACAGCCUACGUCUGUCCUGGGGUGGUCCUUCAGACGCUGUGGAGCAGAAAAGGAUGGGAGGAAGUCCGGGGAGUGACGCCAACGCCUCCUCCCAAAGCCAGCACUGCCAGUCUGGUCUGGACCGGAUUUUGCCACGUCAUCCUGCAGCCACUUCUGUGGCCCCAGGGAGGGGCGGAGGUCCCCUCAUCUCAAAGGAGCAAGACUAAAACUGGAUUGCUGAGUGUGACAGACACAUGUGAAGGGGAGCAAGGAGCCUGAGAAGCAAAAGGGUGACAUUAACAAUAGGGGAAAUCGACUUUUAAAACGGGGAGCCAGGGCUUUAUGCAAAUCUAAAGAAAAUACUCAGAACCUUCGAGUGAAUGAACAUCCCCAACACCCUCAGCGGCAGCUCCUGCGCACAGGGCUGCCCCAGACACGGCCCCCAUCUCCCGAGACCUGAAUGAAGUACACACUGCUUCUUACGGGAAAUAAAUUUCUCCUGGGCUCUCCUCUUGUGGACACCAGUUUGAUGUGCUAAAAAUAAAGAGGUCUAUUUUCUAGCUUGUGCAAUCCAGUGGAGUCUUGUUUUGGGGGGAGCUAGAUCUCCGGUGCUGCUUGUGCUCUCUGCUCGGAAGCCUCUGCCCUCCCCACUUCACGCAGUGGCCGGCUGGCAUCCUCUGAGUCUGCAAGUAGAGACCACCUCCAACCGCGGCGAGCUGGGAAUUUAGACCCACAGUAGAACAAAGAAAUGUAGAUCUGGGCUCUUUUUUGUUCCACAUUAAACCCAACUUCUUCACCACGUUGGCUGAGUCAGAGUACUAGAGCGGAGGCUGUGUCCACUCCUGGUCAGCACUGCCAAUGGCCUUUGAUUGGGUUCCCCCAGGAAAAGGCUCUUUACUCUGCUAAGUCAAGGAAAGCUCUGACUUUGUACCCUCGGACAGCAAUGCAAAUGAACAAGGGAGUGAAUGCUCUUUUCUUCACUGAAUCUGCCCUGUCCUUCCUGCUGCUCUGAGUGCCAGCCGCCGCACGGGAACUUGCUGAACGCUUGCCCUGUGCCAGGCAGUACUGAGUGCUACACAGAUUUCACGUAGGCAUCCAGCAAUCCCAUGUAUCAUUUUUAUUCCCAACUUAGAGAUGAGAAACGGAAACGCACGAAGCUUCAAUGAUUUGUUCUAGGUCACUGUACUAGUUGAAAUGUUUUCAGCAGACAAAAACAUACAGUUCUUAAACAUACGAAAAUAUUCUGACCUUCAAAAUAAAAGAAAUGCACGUUAAACCACACUGAGACACUUUAAUUGUCGGCUGGCGAGCAUCUGUAGAAAGAGGCACUCACAAACGUAGUCGACAGAGGUCUUCUGAAGAGGGUAUGAAACUGUCCUUCAAAAUCACUUACUCUUCAAAUCAGUAACUAUCCUUCUAGGAACUUAAUCUUCAGCUAUGUUCUCCCCAAAUGUGAAAUGACAUAGGUAAGAGGUUAUUUAUUAUAGCAUUAUUUGUAAUAGCAAAGCAUUACAAUUAAUUGCUAUGGAGCCCUAAAGAGAAAAAUAAAAAGGGGCUCUCAAUGCCUUCCACACGGAUGGAGGGGAAGGAGGGCCGCACAACGCAGUGUGACGCGUGCUGCCACUCGUCCAAAGAAAGGGGGGGAGAAUCGGACCCCCACCAACUCCGCCUCACCCCCAUCAUUUCAGAGGACGUCCUCCUGCUCCUCAAUAGGCCCUGUUAGCACCGCACGUUCUUUCCAUUUUUUAAUUGGCUUUAGAGAGAGGGAGAGAGAAACAUCAGUUUGUUGUUCCACUUAUUUAUGCAUUCAUCGGUUGCUUCUUGUAUGUGCCCUGACCUGGGAUCCAACCCGCAACCGGAUGACGCUCUAACCCACUGAACCACCCGGCCAGCACCGACUCUGGGCUUUAUUACAUGCUGCUCCGUUGCCCUCCUCCUCACCCUCACCUUGUCUGCUCUUGCAGAUACUUCAUGCACAUACAUGUAUUUCCAUGCAUUACAAACACAAACAGCAUACUAUGCAUGCUGUUCUACCCUUUGCUUUUUUUUGCUUCAUACUUGCACAUAAGAGCUUAUUCUAUUUUAUAAAUGUGUACUCUUCCAUUGGAUGGGUAAAUCAUAAUUUAUUUAAUCAGUUCCCUAAUGGUGGACAUUUCCAUUGUUUCCUAUUUUUUGCUAUUAAAAGUAAUGCUAUAAUCAAUAUUCUUGUGCAAAUGUUACUUCAUGUUGUAUCUAUGGGAUUAUGCCUGUAGGCUAAAUUCUUAGAAACAAUGGUGAUUUGUGGGGAGGAUGACAGGGUGGAUGGAUACAGGAUUUGGACCCUUUUUCACUGUAUCCCCUCUCGUGCCUCUUGGAAUUUUGUAUCAUAUGUAUGAUCUAUUAAAAAAAUAAAAUAUUUUUAAAUA